AAAUUUUGUAUAGGUUGGGGCUUCUUAUACUAGAAACCUCUUUAUUAUUCUAAUACAACUGAGAAAGGGUUUGGAGCUCUGAAGUAAAGCUCUUUCAACGCCGCUUCUGUCUUCUUCGUCGCUCUGUGCCACAUCUCAUUCUCUCUUUGCCUCCAAACAUUUAGCGGAGAUGGGUCUAACGGAAGAAGAAAUCAAAAGACUUUACAGAAUCCAGAAGACGUUGAUGCAGAUGCUCAAGGACCGUGGCUACUUCAUCGCCGACUCUGAAAUCACCAUGAGCUUGUCACAGUUCGUUAGAAAGUAUGGCGACAACAUGAAAAGGGAGGAUCUUGUUACUCUUAAAGCUAAGAGAAACGACAGCAGUGAUCAGCUCUAUAUCUUCUUCCCUGACGAGGCGAAAGUUGGGGUUAAGACGAUGAAGGUGUACACAAACAGGAUGAAAUCAGAGAAUGUGUACAGAGCUAUCUUGGUGGUGCAACAGAACCUGACUCCUUUUGCUCGUACUUGCAUCAGUGAGAUCUCUUCAAAGUUUCAUUUGGAAGUCUUCCAGGAGGCGGAAAUGCUUGUGAACAUUAAAGAACAUGUUCUUGUUCCGGAGCACCAAGUUCUCACCACUGAAGAGAAGAAAACUCUUCUGGAGAGAUACACUGUCAAGGAGACGCAGCUUCCGAGGAUCCAAGUGACUGAUCCAAUCGCAAGAUACUUUGGACUAAAACGUGGACAAGUCGUGAAGAUUAUUCGUCCGAGUGAAACCGCUGGUCGUUAUGUUACCUACCGUUAUGUUGUAUAAGCAAAAAAAGCUUUUGUUGAUGGAAACGCUCAGUGUUGUGCGAGUGGAAAUGCUCAGUGUUGUGUUGUGUACCCAAAUUGUUGACAAUGUUAUUUGUUAGAUGUACGAAUUGAAAAACCUUACAACAACAUUUUAGUAUCAUUGUAUAAUGGGGCAAGGUGGCCUUGCCAAGGUCUCAUGAGCACUGAGAUGAUUUCAUGUGUUGGGUUU